AUGGCCUCACGCCUCACCUCCACCACAACCUUCCAAUACCUCCCCCCACCCGCCGAAUGCCUCGCCAUCCUGCUCGGCCUCGCCGAAGUCUCCAUCUUCGGCCUCGCAGGCAUCACCGGCCCCGUCGAGUUCUCCAGGGGCCUAGGCCUCCCCAUCGACGCGCCCCAAGCCGCCUCUGCAAACCUGACCACCACACAAAAGACACAGCGUGCACUCUCUCAGCUCAUCGCUGCGCGUAACGUUCAGAAUGGAGUUCUGAUCUUGACAUUCGCGCUGUAUACGAGAGAUCGGACUGCGCUGGGGAUUGCGAUUGCGUCCGGGGUGAUUACGACGUUGGCAGAUGCGUUUGUGGUGAAUUGGUAUGGGUUGAAGGAUGUGGUGGCUUUCCAUGCGAUUGGCGUGGUGAAUUCGGUUUUGAUUGGAGGGUCGCUGUUGUAUUGGAAGAGGGAGGAUAAGUUCUUCUCGUAG